AAAACAAAAUCUGGAAAACCAUUAAAUGCCAGACAGAAGGCUCUGAAUGCUAAAAAGGCUGCUCUUAAAGGUGUUCACAACAAGAGAAUCCGAAAAGUUCGAACAACUCCCUCGUUCAAGAGACCUAAAACCAUGAAAUUACCAAGAGCACCGAAAUACGUCAGAAGUUUAACAACUAAGAGAGGCCUAGACAAAUAUAAGAUAGUAAAAUAUCCUUUGACAACUGAAACAGCCAUGAAGAAGAUAGAAGAUAACAAUACACUGGUAUUUAUUGUUGAUCGACGAGCCAAUAAAUAUACUAUUAGUAACGCUGUUAAAGCUCUCUAUUCUAUUGAAGUAGCGAAAAUUAACACCUUAAUCAGACCUGAUGGUGAGAAGAAAGCUUACGUCCGACUUCCUUCAGAUUAUGAUGGUCUGGAGAUUGCCAGUAAGGUAAGACCUGAUUAUAUAUUUUAUAUUUCUUAG